CCGGAAGCGGCUAAGGCAGAGGGAAGGUAACUGGGAUUGUUGGUCUUUCUCAUUUAAACCCAGCGUCUCCGACCACGGGCCCGUACUGGUGAGUCCGGGGGUCGCGGCGGACCUUGAAGCCCCCACACCCGCGUCUCCAGGGCGGUCCUUCUGCCCAUGACUGUGGAAGCAAGACAUAUUCUCAAGAGACAGGUGUGAUUCCUCAACAUACGUUCCCCCGUGAAAACAACCCAGAGCAGGGGGAGGAAGAGGACAACAUGGCUGCUCCUCAGGUUCCCUAUAGGGAAUGAAGAACUCUCACCAUAAAUUAAUGACCAUUGUUGGGGAGAAAGAUACUUUCUUCUACCAUAAAUGUUCUUUUAGCUGGUCUAAUCAGUUACAUGUGACACGUAUGGGAGCUCCACACACUUGACAGAGUCAGAGACCCCACAUGCAAGAGAGGUUCCGGGACUGCAAGGGAAAUUUGGGUCAGUUGACCUUCAGUGAUGUGGCCAUAGAAUUCUCUCAGGAGGAGUGGGCGUGCCUGGACCCAGCUCAGCGGAAACUGUUCAGGGACGUGAUGUUGCAGAACUACAGGAACCUGGUAUUCCUGGGUCUUGUUAUGUCUAAGCCAGACCUGGUCACCUUUUUGGAGCACAUGAUGGAGCCCUGGGAGUUGAAGAGAAAAGAAACAAUAUCCAGCCAGCCAGUUAUGUCUUCUCAAGUCACCCAGGGCUUGUUACCAAAACCAGACAUUGAAAAUUCAUAUUGGAAUAUGCUACAGGCAUUUGAUACCGAAGAGAAGCCUUAUAAAUGUGGAGAAUGUGGCAAAGCCUAUAAAUGGUAUUCAAGCCUUACCAGUCAUCAGAGACUACAUUCUGGAGAGAAGCCUUAUAAAUGUAGGGAAUGUGGCAAAGCCUUUAGCAAAUCUUCGAGCCUUACCAGUCAUCGGAGAAUUCAUUCUGGAGAGAAGCCUUAUAAAUGUAAAGAAUGUGGCAAAACUUUUACCCAGAGCUCAAAUCUUGCUCAACAUCAGAAAAUUCAUUCUGGAGAGAAGCCUUAUAAAUGUGGAGAAUGUGGCAAAGCCUUUAUCUCAAGCUCACAUCUGACUCGGCAUCAGAUGAUUCAUUCUGGAGAGAAGCCUUAUAAAUGUAGAGAAUGUGGCUUUGCCUUUAACCGGUGUUCAACCCUUACUCGACAUCAGAGAAUUCAUUCUGGAGAGAAGCCUUAUAAGUGUAGAGAAUGUGGUAAAGCCUUUAUCCGGAGCUCAAAUCUUACUCAACACCAGAGAAUUCAUUCUGGAGAGAAGCCUUAUAAAUGUAAAGAAUGUGGCAAAGCCUUUAUCUGGCCCUCACAACUUAUGCAACAUCAGAGAAUUCAUACUGGAGAGAAGCCUUAAAAUGCAGAGAAUGUGACUAAGCCUUUAACAUUUCUUCAAGUCUCAUGGACCAUUAGAAAAUUCAUACUUGGAAGCCUUAUAAAUGUAGAGAAUGUGGCAAAGCCUUUACCCACUGCUCAAAUCUUACCAAACAUGAGACUGCAUACCUGAGAGAAGCUUUACAAAUGUGAAGAUUGUGACAAAGCCUUUAACCUCUGCUCUUCAAUAUUGGGGAAUUCAUACUGGAUAGGAGCAAUACAAAUAUAAAGAAUAUGGAAAAACCUUUAACCAUUGCCCAAACCUCACUAAAUAUCAAGUAAUUCAUACCAGAGAGAACCAUUACAAGUGUAGAGAAUUUGGCAACACCUUUUCCCAGUGUUGGAACCAUAGUCAAUAUCACAUAAUUCAUGCCGGAGUAAAAUGAUACAAAUUUAAAGAAUGUGGCAAAACUUUUAACUAUUUAUCAAGUCUCACUGAACUUUAGUGAAUUUAUACUGAAUAGAAACCAUGCAAAUAUGAAGUCAAUAACACUUUUCAAAUAUGCCUUUUAAAUCAGAAUACUUAUUUUAGAGAAUCCAGUAAGGAAAGUUAUAUGAUUUUCUAGUAUGAAUGAAAAUACCAAAGGCAUGGAUGUUUGAAAAAAUGUAAUUUCCUACACUGUACCCUUUUUAUUAUGACGGUAUUUGUGAUUUUUUGAAACACAAAUAGUAAUGUGAUUUAAUUCUCAAUUCAUUUGAUGCUUCUGUAAAUGCUUGUGAUGUGUAUUUGGACCAGUGGGUUUGUAAUGCUUUGUAAUGCGAAUUGUCUUCUGUGCAUUCUAUUGAAUUUCUUUCUCCCUAAUCUGAUGACUUUGGGUUUGACAAUCUCUCAUGGCAAUUCCAUUGUGUUUACAUUCGUGUCUCAUAUAAAACCUACCAUAUGUUUUCCUUGUUCCAUAGAAUAUGUGUGGACUUUAUAUAUUCUCAUUCAUAAAAUGUUUUAUUUAUUUA